CUUUAUUCCCCAGAAGCCUCAGCGCUCAAAGGUUUCUCUGAAGACCCGGUUCGGCGUCUGCUGGCCAUGGACGGCCCAGAACUCAACCUGGGCUGCCCAGCUCUGACCCGCGGGUCUCCGGCUCCCGGGGCGCGGACUUGGGUGGGCUCGGGGAGGUGGGCCAGCACGGGGCGGGACCUCACGUCCAGGGGCGGGGCCUCGGGGCAAGGGGUGGGGCUCUGUGGCCGGUGUCUCCUUGGGUGCGCGCCCCGAGGGUCGCUGGGAAGUGGACAAGUGGGGGCCGAGGCUCGCCUCCUCGCACCGCCCUGGCCGGGUCUCUUUCAGUUGCCCCAGCUUCACGCCUGGGCCGGGAAGACCUCGCUGCCCGCUCUGCCGGCCACCUGCACACACCCCACAGCCCCUCUCCCUAAAUGGCUUUGGAAACUGAGAUCCGCGGACACUAGGCUGAGGUCGCACAGAGCUGCCAAGUCCUCUAAGGCCCAGCAUUCCGGUCCUCGGAGCCCGCCCUCAACUACCGUCCAGCCUCUCCACCCACUCCUCGGAUAUCUUGCUCACCCUUGUUCACGGUCACGCUGUCCCUGUCCCCGUUGAGCACAACCUGGGUGCACUUGUGAGCCAGGGGCAUGAGCACUGGGGACAGAGUGGAAGGACAAGCAGAGACCCUGACUCGGGGGGCUGCAAGGGGAUGACACAUGGCUGUCUCCGGGUGGGGCCCUGGGAACCAGCUUUCCUGAGACCCCUCUCCACUCCUCUUGCCUUCCUCUCUCCGGCACUGUGAGGCCCCAGGCUUUGAAAAACAGGGUUUCCCUUCUAGAACGGGAGGAGGGCAUACUUGACUAGGACCCAGGUUCGGCCAGACAGGACUCGGGCCGAGAAGGGCGACGCGGGGGUCCUGAUCCACAGGCGGCUCGCUGGGGCGGGCAACCCCGGAGCGGGCGCCAGGCCCGCGGCGAUGGAGGGGCGGCUGAGCGACUGGCCCCGCCCCGCGGACCCCGCGCGGGUCCCCAGACGGGGGGUGGCGCUGCGGGCGCGGGCGGGCGCCGCGCGCACUGCGGUCCCCGCGCCUCCGCCGCAGAGCGCGCCACGCUCCGCACGCACCUGCCGCCGCGCCGCGCUGCCCGGAGCCCCGCGCCCCGCGCCCCUGGGAGCCGCCGUGCCGCGCCAUCGCCCGAGGUCGCCGCCGGAGCCGCUGGAGCCGCCGGGCCGAGGAGCGGGCGUCGCAUCCGGGCCUGCCUUUGAGCCAACCUCUGCGGCGGCGGCGCGCGGCCCGGGGACGCCAGGCUGGGGCAGCUCGGGCCUGGGCCAGGCUUCUCCUCUGCUCCCACCGCCGCCGAGCCUGUGGCCUGGGGCCUCCCGCAGCCAGGGCUCCGGCUAGCUGCCUUCCCUGGGCGCCCUGUCCUGGAGGCGUGGGGCCCACCUAGCCCCUGCCUGCCCGGAUGUCCCUGCUCAGGGACUGCUGACCUCGGCUGCAGGGGGAGCUCCCCCCACGCCCCCUCGCCAACCUCAGCAGCCAGAGACCCUGGGUGAGCCCCUGGGCCAGACCCGCAGCCCAGGGCAGCCUCCCAUACCCCCCUGCCCCCGCCUCCCUCCUCCUCCCCCACCCCUUCCUCCUCCUCCUAGGACUGGACCCGAGAAGCCACUGUGGCCACUGGGGGGGGCCCUGCCCCCCCAGCUCUCACCGGCCGCCCCCAGGAGCCCUCGGGGCGGCCGGGGUCCCUAUCAGGCCUGGCGGGACCAGGAUGCUGCUCCCUCUCCUCCCCCCCGGCCUCACCCAACACCCCCACCCACCCGAACACCCAGUCUGACUGGAGACAGCCGGAUGCCGGUUGACCCCGGGCCCGAGGUGGGCAGUGGCUGGCCAGGCCUCCUCAUGUCCUGCCUGAAGGGUCCCCAUGUCAUCCUCAAGAUGGAGGCCAUGAAGAUUGUUCACCCCGAGAAGUUCCCCGAGCUGCAGGCGGCCGCCCCUUGCUUCCCACCUGCACCGCGGCCCACCCCAGCUCUGGCCCCCAAACGGGCCUGGCCCUCAGACACAGAGAUCAUCGUCAACCAGGCCUGUGGGGGGGACGUGCCUGCCUUGGAUGGGGCACCCCACACCCCUCCCUUGCCACGACGGCCCCGCAAGGGCAGUGUGGAGUUGGGCUUCCCCCGCGUGGCGCCCGCGGACGAGGUCAUCGUGAAUCAGUAUGUGAUACGGCCUGGGCCCGCCUCCUCGGGGCCCCCUGCCACGGCGGCGCCAGCUUCGGGGGAGCCCCUGGAGUGCCCCACCUGCGGGCACACGUACAACGUCACCCAGCGGCGGCCCCGAGUGCUGUCCUGCCUGCACUCUGUGUGCGAGCAGUGUCUGCAGAUCCUCUAUGAGUCCUGCCCUAAGUACAAGUUCAUCUCCUGCCCCACCUGCCGCCGCGAGACUGUGCUCUUCACGGACUACGGCCUGGCUGCACUCGCUGUCAACACGUCCAUCCUGAGCCGCCUGCCACCCGAGGCUCUGACCGCCCCGUCCGGGGGCCAGUGGGGGGGUGAGCCGGAGGGCAGCUGCUACCAGACCUUCCGGCAGUACUGUGGGGCCGCGUGCACCUGCCACGUGCGGAACCCACUGUCCGCCUGCUCCAUCAUGUAGCCGGAGCCCCCCCCGCGCCCUGGCCUGCCAGCCCGUGCUCGCCGCUUCUCCAGGGAUCCGGCCCCGCCCUAUCGCCUGUUGACCCCUCGCCCACCACAGCUUCUGGCCCUCCCUGUGUGGCAUUGUCGCUGCAGCCAACUCUGCCAUUAAAACUCUUUGCCAAA